AUGGUUUCUACAAAUUUACCAUUAGAAAUCCCAAUUACUUUACCAAAUGGUAUUAAAUAUACUCAACCAACAGGGUUAUUCAUUAAUAAUGAAUUUGUGAGGUCUAAGCAGGGCAAUAAGUUUGAAGUCCUUUCACCAUCAACAGAAGAAGUAGUUACAUCGGUAUACGAAGCUCGUGAGGAUGAUGUGGAUAUAGCGGUGCAACAUGCCCUGAGAGCAUUUGAAGAAUCUUCGUGGGCAAAAGCAGACCCCUGCCAGAGAGGUGCUGCAUUAUACAAAUUAGCAAAUUUAAUUGAGGAGAACUUUGAAACAAUUGCCUCUAUCGAAGCUAUGGAUAAUGGUAAAGCUAUAGGCAAUGCAAAAGGAGAUGUCACAUUGGCAAUUUCUGUUUUGAGGUCGACAGCUGGAUUCUCUGAUAAGAUGUUGGGUUCUGUUAUUGAAAGCGGUGACAGCCAUUUUAAUUUCACCAGACGUGAACCACUUGGUGUCUGUGGCCAAAUUAUUCCAUGGAACUUUCCAUUAUUAAUGUUCACUUGGAAAAUAGCCCCAGCAUUGGUAACGGGUAAUUGCGUAGUUAUAAAGUCUUCUGAAACAACCCCAUUGUCUGCGUUGUAUGUUUCUAAUUUGAUUAAGGAAGCUAAUUUAUUUCCUCCUGGGGUGCUUAACGUCAUAAGUGGAUUUGGUAAAUACACCGGUAAUGCUAUUACCGAGCAUCCUCUUAUCAAGAAGGUUGCAUUUACUGGUUCAACUGCAACAGGUAAAACUAUCAUGAGAAAGUGUGCAGAGAGUAAUUUGAAGAAGGUCACCUUAGAAUUGGGAGGGAAAUCGCCACAUAUAAUCUUCAACGAUGCUGAUAUGGACACAACAUUGAAAUCUGUGGUUACUGGCAUCUUCUAUAAUUCAGGUGAAGUUUGUUCUGCUGGUUCACGUCUAUAUAUUCAAGAAGGUAUUUAUGAUGCAUUUGUUGAAAAAUUCGUACAAACUACUAAAUCUGACGUUAAGGUAGGUGAUCCAUUCUUACCAGAUACUAUUCAAGGUGCCCAAAAUAGCGUUGAUCAAUUGGAUAAGAUUUUGAAAUAUAUUCAGAUCGGUACUGAUGAAGGUGCAAAAAUAUUGGCUGGUGGAGAAAGAUUGCAAGGAAAGGGAUACUUCAUUAAACCAACUAUUUUUGGUGAUGUUAAAGAAGAUAUGAGAAUCGUCCAGGAAGAAAUCUUCGGUCCUGUUAUAACAAUUAGUAAAUUCAAAACUACUGAUGAUGUUGUUCGUAUGGCUAAUAAUACAGAUUAUGGUUUGGCUGCUGGUAUUCAGACUUCAAACGUAAACAGAGCAAUUGAUGUUUCCCGUAGAUUAAAGGCAGGCACCGUUUGGGUGAAUACUUACAAUGAUUUCCAUCCAAUGGUUCCAUUUGGCGGUUAUAACCUGUCUGGUAUGGGAAGAGAGAUGGGUGUAGAAGUAUUACAAAACUAUACCCAAACAAAGGCGGUUAGAAUGAGUAUUAUUAAACCAAAAGAUUAA